AUGAUGAAGGGUCCUUCGGAGGCGAUCGACUCUCCCAACAGCAUCGAGCUGGCAAACCAGACUGCCGUGGGUGAAAAGCAUGGCACGCAAAGUGAUGAGAGCGAUAUGGACCGCAUGGGCAAGCUGCAGGAGUUGAGGCGGCAAUUCAAGUUCUUGACCAUCUUCGGCUUUGCUGUACUCCUUGGCAGUACAUGGGAAUACGCAUUGAUUGGUAUCGGAAUCUCACUCUACAAUGGAGGAGCUGCCGGUGGUAUCUGGUUACUUGUCGUUGUCUGCUUCGGCAUGUUCUUCGUCACGCUUUCAUUGGCAGAGAUGGUGUCCAUGUAA